AAAGUAUUAACAGAGUAAGUCGACAAUAACAUUUCCAUCGAGUAAGAUGGAAUCGAGCAAUGUAUUAAAUCCUACCGCCAGAGUGAAAGAUGAGCCUCUUGAUGAACCUUUCAAUGAUGAUAAUGAUUAUGAAAUAACUGACAUUACAUCUACAGUUACUCAACAUAUUAAGUACGAAAGUUUUUGGCAAGAAAAUUCAACCCAAGAGCUUCUUCAAGAAUGCGACGAAAAUCACGAAAAUGAACUUGGCGACGUACAAAUCGAGUUGGAAUGUACAGACAUGAAGCCCAAUUUAUUGGCCAAAAUUGAAGAUUUCUCUACAAAUCACGGGCAGCAUAGUGAUGAUUAUAAAACCGGAAGCAUUAUUAAACUAGAAAUUGUCGGGACAGUGAAGAAAGAAAUUUUUAGCGAAAAAGAAAGUGAUUUGAAUUUAGGAUGUGGACUCAGCGCGAAAAAUGAAAAAGGAUGUGUUUCAAAAGAGAUUAACUAUAAUCAUAGGCUAAAACCUCAGACUGAAUCAGUCCGUAUUGGCAAAAUUACACCUGCAUGUGAUAUUUGCGGAAAAGUGUUCAAACUUAGAGGUCAUCUCAAUAGGCACAUCGAUUCGGUGCAUCGUAAAAUCACGCAUCCAUGCGAUAUAUGUCAAAAGACAUUCACACAGAAAACGAAUCUCAAAAUCCACAUCGAUUCUGUACAUCGUAAAAUCACUUAUCCAUGCGGUAUAUGCCAGAAGACCUACCCAGACAAGAUUAGUCUCAAAAAACACAUCGAUUCGGUGCAUAAUGGUGUCAGACAUGCAUGCGAUAUAUGCCAAACGACAUUCUCAGACAAGAGUAGUCUAAAGAGGCACAUCGAUUCGGUGCACAAGCGAGUCAGACAUGCAUGUGACAUUUGUGAAAAGACAUUCACACAUAAAAGUUAUCUCAAAACCCACACCGAAUCGGUGCAUUAUGGUAUUUCACAUGCAUGUGAUGUUUGUGAAAAGACAUUCACUCAAAAAGGUCAUCUUAAAAACCACAUCGAUUGGGUGCAUAAUGGUGUUUCACAUGCAUGUGAUAUUUGUGGGAAGACAUUCACUCGGAAAGAUAAUCUCAAAAGCCACGUCGAAUCGAUACAUCAUAAAAUUAUGCAUCCUUGUAAUAAAUGCCCAAAGACAUUCUCAAAUAAGGGUAGCCAAAAAAGGCACAUCGAUUCGGUGCACAAGCGAGUCAGACAUGCAUGUGACAUUUGUGGAAAGACAUUCACUCAAAAAGGUUUUCUUAAAACCCACAUCGAUGCGAUGCAUAAUAGUGUCAGACAUGCAUGCGAUAUUUGCGAAAAGAAGUUUACACAAAAUAGUUCUCUCAAAAUACAUAUCGCAUCGGAGCAUAAUGGUGUCAGGCAUGAAUGUGAUAUGUGCACAAAAAAAUUUACUUCGAAAAGUAGUCUUAAAGCCCAUAUCGAUGCGGAGCACAAUGGAAUCACCCUCGCAUGUGAUUUCUGUGGAAAAAAAUUUAAAUAUCAAACUCAACUCCGUAAGCAUGUCAAAUCGUCGCAUAGUGGUAUCAUACAUUCAUGCGAGACAUGCGGCAAGACAUUUGGACAGAAAAGAAAUCUCAGAGCCCACAUCGAUGUGGCGCAUCACUCACGCAAUCAGACCUAA